AUGGGCUGCUGUGCUUCAGUUGAACAGGGACAAGGUGCCAGAGUACGAAAUGAUCAAAUAGAACAACAGUUAAGAAUGGAAAAGUUGAAUGAAAAAAAUGAAGUGAAGCUAUUACUCCUUGGUGCUGGUGAAUCAGGAAAAUCCACUAUUUUGAAGCAAAUGAAAUUAAUUCAUGACGGUGGCUUCCCAUUAGAAGAAAGAGAAGCUCAUAAGGAAAUCAUUUUUAAUAAUGCCCUUCAAUCUAUUCUUGUCAUUCUUGAAGCCAUGUGUAAUCUGGGAAUCGAACUCGGGGACCCAGCGAAUAAGAUACAUUUUGACAAUAUCAUGCGUUACGAAACACAAGUGGAUAAUUUUACUAUGCCUCCUGACUUGGUUGAAGGCAUCAAGAUCUUGUGGCAAGAUCCUGGUGUACAAGAGACGUUUCGCAGAAGCAAUGAAUACCAAUUGAAUGACUCUGCUUCUUACUACUUUGAACAUAUUGAACGUAUUGGAUCACCUGAUUACAUACCCACAGAUCAAGAUGUGUUACGCUCUAGAGUAAAGACGAUUGGAAUCACAGAGACCAAAUUCACGGUGGGGAAUCUUGUUUAUAAGAUGUUUGAUGUUGGAGGACAAAGAUCAGAAAGAAAGAAAUGGAUCCACUGUUUCGAAAGCGUUACUGCUAUUAUAUUCUUGGUAGCCAUAUCAGAAUAUGACCAAGUACUAGUUGAAGACGAGACAGUAAAUAGAAUGCAAGAAGCACUGAUCUUGUUUGACUCUAUCUGUAAUUCAAGAUGGUUUGAAAAGACAUCGACCAUUUUAUUUUUAAACAAGACAGAUAUAUUUAAGGAAAAGAUAUCAACAAGUCCUAUUAACAAAUAUUUUCCAGACUACAAAGGUCAACCAGGUGAUUAUGAAGCAGCAUGCCAGUACUUUACCCAUCGAUUUGAGUCUUUAAACACUUCAGCAGAUAAACAAAUCUAUACUCACUUAACUUGCGCAACAGAUACGGAAAAGAUCAAGUUUGUGAUGGCUGCAGUAAAUGAUAUUAUUAUUCAAUCAAGUCUUAGAAAUAAUGGCUUACUUUAA